AUGCCAUCAUUCGAUUCCUCCACCGAAAAUAUGGCUUUAAAACCUCUUGAUGAAAGCGAAAUCCGAAAACACGUAGUUAAGAAGGAGAAUACAGAUGGCACUGCUGCCCUGAAGUUAGCAGAGCUAUCGUUUUUGCCCGCAACUUCUAAGAAGAGCAAGAUACUUAAUAUACCGACGGCUUCGGAAGAUUCAGAUACUAAAGAAGGGUCAAAUUCUUCCCCAAUUACUGAACAGCCACAACAGAGUGCAUUAGAUUCUAGCUCUUUGGCUUUGAGUGCUCCUUCUCUUCCUCCAAAUAUCAAAACUCGUGCGAACUCAAAUUAUGAUAGUGAAAGGUUGAUCAUGGAUCGCUUUGGACAUACGCAUUUCAUCGGUAAUUUUGGUACUGCUUCUCUACUAAAUGGCUUGUGCGAUAUCAUCAUCAAGAGAUCUUCCUACAACAGACAUCCGCCCACUUCUACGCAAGAUAUCAGAGAUAGUAGCGUUCAGACCAUAACAUCUGAGAAUGAGCCUGCCUAUCAAUAUCCUACCCAUUUAUAUAAUUUGGAUACAAUCAACGUGGAUAGAUUCCCAUUGAUAAAUUUGAUCGGCAAAGAAGAGGCUGAUAUCUAUGUCGAGGUAUUCUUUGAAAAGGUUCACCCCUAUUACUUCAUAUUCAACAGAAGGAAGUUUUCUGAGAGAUACCGGGUAUUCUGGGAAGAAAUAAACAAUACCUCAAAUGCCGAUUGCGAUAAUGAUGAACCACUGCACAUCAGUAGCGCCGAAAUCUGCUGUAUAUACAUGGUCUGGAUUCUUGGAAGACGAUUCCAAGAGUUUUCAAAUCCAUCUGAUACUCCCAAAGGGGCGGUAUUAGAUACAGAAAUGAUGAAUCGGUUUAUCGAUAUCAUUAGAUUGACGCUGUCCGAUGUCGUACUAACACCCACUAUCGAUGGUAUCAGACUUCUUUUCCUGUUCUCUACCUAUUUAUCUAGUAUAAAGGUGAGAGAGAGCGGCUAUUGUCUCAUGCAGAUGGCGGCUAUUCAGGCAAAAGGAUUGGGUCUCCAUCGAAAAGUCAUCGUGAAUAAGUUUAAAGAUGAAAAAUCGGACGAGAUGAAGAGAAUAAUGUGGUCGUUGGCUAAGAGCGAAAGUUUAUUGUGCUGCUCUCUUGGAAGGGCCAGUGUUGUUCCUUGGGAAGAAAUUGAUGUUGAAUUCCCUAAUAUCGAGGACGAGACCGAUGAAUUAUUCAAGACUUAUUACUUUGAAAGUGUUAAAUUGACGAAAAUUAUCUUUGAAAUCUUGGAUUAUAAAAAGAAGACACAGAAAGAACCAUUAUCACUGCCAAGCCUUGAAAAGGCAUUGACAUUUCAAAAGGAACUUCACAACUUUUGGGAUAACCUUCCUGAACAAUGGAAGGAUUACAAGUCUCUCCCUAUUAGACGAUACAAGCCCAAAUUGCACAUUCAGUACCAUUAUUAUUUCAUUACUCUUACAUUGCCUAUGUUUUUGCAUAUUGUGAGUGUUCCGAACUAUAUCAUCAAGAAGGGGGAUCCUUUAUUAACCUUAUUGGUUCAUGGUAUUCAAUCUUCCUUCCGGACUGCUGAAUUGGUUACCUAUACUGAUGCCAACGGAUUCUUUAACGGGACAAUUUAUUAUGAUGUGUUUUACUGUUACAAUGCUAUUAUGGUUCUUACAUUGACAUAUAUUUUGUUUGUUACUUCAAAGAAAUCCGGUAAGAAUAGAAGUACCAUCGAUCUGGAAUACUUGGACUCCGAAUAUGGUAUCAAUCUUCAACAGCUAUUGAAGGAAAUAAACAUGAUUAGAAAGUUGAUAUUGAACAACUUGCAUAAGAUUGACGGCACCAUGAAGCGAAUGAGUGAUAUUAUUGAGACAUUACUUGAGGAUCUUGGUAUUAUUCAAAUUUUGGUUAGAGACUAUAAUGCUCCAAAGAGCAAUGCUAAACGAAUCGAAGGUAAAAAGGAGAGCGGACAGACGAGUGUUUCUGCAAGUCUUCCAGGAUCUUUCAGAAGAUUGAAGCUUCAUCUUCAUCAUGACCGUCAUAAGCGCAGAAAAAGUAAUGCGAUUGCCGCAGAAACACUGAAAAAAGAAGAAUCUUUGAAAUUAUUGCGAGAACACCACAGGUCGGGUGAUCAAGUUCCUCAAAUGCCCAGAAAACCUCAGCCUGAGCAAAAGGAACUACAAAAGAUGCGAGUUCGAAGGCAGCCAGGUACACAGAUGACCGCUUCUCGGCCAGACUAUUCCACAAUGUCCUCCGUAUAUCUCCCAUCAGGUUCCAAAUCUGUUUCUGCUACAUCUGAAAGUUUUGCCUCUGAGUUUUCGGACAUAACUCCAAUAUCAGGUAGUCCACAAUCAUUAGCUCUGUCACAGCAUCACAACCUUCCUAAUCCAAACACUUUUAUUCGUCAGAACGUUCUUCCUUCGCAGCCUGCAUACGCUCGAGCUUAUCAACAACAGCUGCAACUGCAACAACAGCAACAACGACAACAACAGCAACAAGAACAACAACAGCAACAACAACAGCAACAACAGCAACAGCAACAGCAACAGCAACAGCAACAGCAACAGCAACAGCAACAGCAACAGCAACAGCAACAGCAACAGCAACAGCAACAGCAACAGCAACAGCAACAGCAACAGCAACAGCAACAAGAACAAGAAAAUAGCAUUAAUGACCAAUAUCUGAAUGAUAUGAUUGGACCGCCGUUGACAUCAACUCAUGUGCAAUUGCAGUAUAGCGCCCCUAACCUCUUUACGAAAAACAACGAAAAGAGUAGGACCAGCUCUAUAUCCUCAUCUUCACACACAAGGGUGUCUCAGUUGGUCGGACAGGAGGCACAGACGCAUACUGACUCUGCUGUAUCAACUCCAAGUAGCUCCAAUAUCAAUGAUGUGCUAACAUCAAUGGCCUUGAAUACAGACUUAAUGGACGCAUUAUUUGGAUCAGAGUUAUUGAGUUCUGUUUCACCAGACAGUUACUCCAGUCUUCGGGAAGAAUGA